GACCCUCUUCUCUCUUUAGUCGUCUUUGUUCGAAGAAUCUUUUUCCCCUUUCUUACUUCACGCCCUCUCUCACACUUUCGCUUUCAAUGCGAAUCUGAGAAAAUCACAUAAAAAUGGACCAACAAACCAUGUUGUCUAGUGGGGUUAAGUAUACUGAACACAGAAAGCAAAUCACUAUGGUUAGAGCAUCAGCUCCGGCGAGUUUUACUGGUCGGAGGAGAGGCUCUAAGAUGAAUGCUGCCGGUCCUAGAGUUGUACGGAUUACUGUCACUGAUGCUGAUGCUACUGACUCUUCAAGUGAUGAAGGGGAACAGAGGUUUUAUGGCCGUCAAAGAGUGAGAAAAUUUGUAAAUGAAGUUCGAAUAGAGCAGAGCAGCAACUGUAAUGGAAGUGUAAAUGGGGUUUUGAGAAAUGGGUCGUCGUCGGAAACUGCUCCCGUUGUCGCUGCACCACCAAAAAGGCGGAAGAAGAACGCCGGAGCAACGACGGCGGCGAGUAAGCUAAAAGUGAACAAUGUUAAAAAGUUUCGCGGCGUACGGCAACGGCCUUGGGGUAAAUGGGCGGCAGAAAUCAGAGAUCCACUGAGACGUGUACGGUUAUGGUUAGGCACUUACGAUACUGCUGAAGAAGCUGCCAUGGUUUAUGACCACGCGGCUAUUCAGCUACGUGGACCUGACGCGCUCACAAACUUCGCCACUCCUCCGGCGACGAAAACCAGCUGCUCCGGCUACAACUCCGGUGAAGAAUCCCACAACGAUCAACGCUCGCCGAAGUCCGUUCUCCGGUGUGCUUCAACUUCAUUUGAUGAAUCUCAGAAUAACGAAGAAGCUGAAGCUGAGUCAUUAUCGAUUUUACCCUCCGAUAUCAGGGACAAAAAUGGCAUUUCCAUGUCGGAAAACUUCUGCGAUUUUCCACCGUUUGAGAGUUUCAUCCCCGACGAUUUGUUUCAGUUCGAGAACCCGGUUACCAUAUCCGACUUGUUUGAACCGAUUACUUUACCCGACUGCAAUAACAUGUUAUUCGGGUCAAGUACUACUGAUUUCGGUUUCGGAUCUUCAUCUUGGCCCGAAGAAGAUUUCUUUCAGGAUUUCGGAGAUGUAUUCGGGUCUGAUCCGCUUGUGGCUCUUUGAUUUCAUCGGCAGUUUAAUCGGCGAUAGUAUAAAUGGUUUAAGAUUCGUAUUUUAAAAUUUAAUCUUGUGUUUAGUUUAUUAGUUUUGUUUAAAUUUGUUGAUUAAUGUGAGUGAUUAGCGAGUAAUUAGUAGUAUUAAUAUGUAACAGCUCCGUCACAUUAACGGUGAUGAAGAUGGAUGAGAUUUUGCGGUACAGUGUUGUUUUUGUGUUUUGUGCUUC